UCUGGGUGCGCAAUCUGUUUGUCCGUGUUCUGUGUGCAUGUGCAGUGGGUUGGUAGGCAUUUUGUUUAAUUCGUUCUGCAGCCUUGUCAGACAACACACGUGCCAGUGUCGAUUCGGUUAAAUCCAAGAUAGCACUCGAGUCAGAGCAGCCGAAGCCAGCGCGGUUUUUUUACUGGAUGAAAUAAAAACUGUUUCGGGACCACCGCUAGGUGGGAGUGUUGGGGGCGCCGCAGGUGUGUCACGAACCGGGUCGCGAGACUGACGAGUGGUCAGUCUGGUCCAACUUUGCCGAACAAAGCCGUUAAAUUCACGGUGGCAGAAUCAAUGACUGACUGAGUACUCUGGAGCAAGUAGCAGGGAGAUCAAUCAACAUGUUCAAAUCGGUCUUCCCGCUGAAGAAGCUGAGACGGAGUCGGAAACAUCUGCUGUUCUUAGCCCUGCUGAUGCUGGGAGCUUUCGCUGUUUACCAGGAGUUUGUAGCUACUAGUGUGUGGAGGAUCACCAAUAGCCGUUUCAGUCCUACCAGUGAGGGCAGUCCCAGGAGAAGUCCUACCCAAGAAAGAGUGGUUGGAGGUGAUGUGGGGGAGGAUUAUUCAGAAGCCUGGCGUUCCAGCUACACCCCACAGCCCUGGAGGCCAGAGUAUAAGGGACAGGUUAAUCUCCAUAUCUUUGAGGACUGGUGUGGCAGCUCUACAGCUCAGCUCCGCAAGAACCUGCACUACCCACUCUACCCACACUCUAGAACCACUGUAAAGAAGCUGGCUGUUUCUCCUAGAUGGACCAACUAUGGCCUCAGGAUCUUUGGCUAUCUCCACCCCUAUACUGACGGUGAGUUUGUGUUUGCGGUGAGCUCUGAUGAUAACUCUGAGUUCUGGCUGAGCCGGGAUGACUCUCCACUCAACCUGCAGCUACUGACCUGGAUCGGCAAGACUGGCAUGGAGUGGACGGCACCUGGUGAGUUUGGGAAGUACGCCAGUCAGACAUCCAGACCGGUUAGGCUGUCAGUUCAGAGGAUGUACUUCUUUGAGAUCGUCCAUAAACAGAACGACAGAGGAACAGACCACAUGGAGGUGGCGUGGCAGCUGAACCAGGAGGGUCUAAGCUUUACAGUCAUCAGCUCCAAGUACAUAUCCCUCUAUACCAAUGAGUCCGCUCUGCGAAUGAGUGACACCACUCACAUACCCCAAACGGCCGCCAGUCACACCCGCACGCCUAGCAACCAGCCUGACAACCAGCUGAGCAGCCAGCCUGUGGCCGACAUGCAGAGAGUUGACCCACGGGACACCCUCUACCAGAUCCCUGUCCUAGACAGUAGGUACCUCGGUGGUGUGUUACCUGACUGCUCCUAUAAACCAAGCUACAUCAUCAAAGGCUUCCCUCUGCUGCGAUACCAGGGUCUGCAGUUUGUCCACAUGUCCUACAUCUACCCAAAUGACUACACACGGCUCACACAGAUGGAGACAGAAAACACCUGCUUCUACCACUACAGUCCCCUACACCUGGACAGGUAUGGCUUUUCCAGGUACAUGCGGCUGGAUGAGCCAGAGGGGCAGGAGGGAGAGAACAGAGCCAGAGAUAUUGGCAUCUCGAUGAGGAGAAAGAUGGUCCCAGAGGAGGGGUUAGAUGGCGAGGCUCCUCCAAAUGUGGGAGGGGCUAGUGAGACAGACCACACCCCUCCUGACUAUGGAGACGAUUAUGACGAUUACGCCAAGAGACGACGACGCAAACUCUUCUCCCUGCCACAGGCCGACAGGGCACCUACACAUAGAAACAUGUCUGAUACUCUCACAUACAAGAAGAGGAGUAGGAAGAGGAGAGGAUCUAAUGCAGCAGCUGUAGUCCAGACCAGAGCAACAGAACUGGAUGGGUUAGAGAUCCCUCAUGGUCCUGGGUCACAUAAACCUAUACAGAAUACACCAGAAGAAAAGCUGAGACCAGCAGACAGACCAGCAGAUAGACCAGUUGAACAGCUCAGACCAGCACAAAAAAAAAAGUCCCGAACAGGGGAACAGAAACCAGGAGGGAAUCCAGCAGACAGAGAAGAUCUGGGUCCAGCAGACCAAAAUCAACCCAGACCAAGAGAGGGACCAGCAGAACAGAACUCAACCGGGUUACAUUUUUUACCUUCACCACAAAAACUAGACCAGAACAUGCCAACAGAGAGAGGCAGACCAGCAGACAGAGAAAAGCUAGCAGACAGACCAGCAGAUGGACCAGCAGACAGAGACGGACUAGCAGACAGAUCAGCAGACAGAGACAGACCACAAGUUCGGCUACCCCAGCUGCAAGGGAGGCGCCGGCACGUUCAACAGCCUGGUCAGAGGGGUGGGACUAAGAUUAAAUCACCCCUAGUGAAGUUGUACCGCAAAGCAACUGUGACCAGGAAGAGAGUCCAGGACCUAGAGACAGAUAUCAUCCUCCGAGCACAAACACAUAUAAAGUCACGACCGCAACCUGACUAUGACAACACAGUCCACAGGGCUCUGCCCCCUGGCGAGGUCAGAGAAAGGAACCAUCUGGUUGAAGUGAUUGACAGAGGGGGGGAGGGUGAGAGAAAGGGGGAGGAGAUGGGUGUGAGUGAGUCUUUAUGGAGUCUGGGAGACUCUGAAGAGGAGGAGGGGCUGGCUUAUGACUCCACGCCUCCACUGGUGUUUGACCCUGAGGUGAACUGGGCUCAGACAUUCCAGGUGACCCCUGUUAACCUCCAGGCGAUGCGUUCUGAUUGGAUAGACCUAAGCUGUAACGUGUCUGGUAACCUGCUGCUCCGCCCUAGUGAUGCUCUGCCUGUCGUCAAGGCCUUCAUGGACAAACUAAACCACAGACACAACAGGCAGUUCUCCCUGGUGCGUGUGCUGAAUGUUGAGAGGAAAGUGGAUGGGGUUCAGGGCAGCAGGUACUUCCUGGAGCUGGAGCUAAGGGACAUGACUGGCCAACACCUUCGUCUGUCACACUACAUAUAUGCUCUGAUUCGCCAUAAUCGAUCUCGCCCCAGGGGAGUCCUUCGCCCUGCCCCUGAGACGUUGCUAUGCAAGCCUCUAGGCUUCCACUGGAACCCGACUGCCACUGUACACUUCAUAGUACCAGUAAAGAACCAGGCCCGCUGGGUGCAGCAGCUGAUAGUUGACAUGGAGGGUCUGUACCAGACCACUGGAGACCCCCACUUCAACCUCAUCAUCACUGACUACAACAGCACUGACAUGGAUAUAGAGGCAGCACUAAAGGCAUCCACGCUGCACAGGUACCAGUACGUGAAGCUGAGUGGAAACUUUGAGCGUUCCGCUGGUCUACAGGCUGGCAUCGACCUCAUCAAUGAUGAGCACAGUAUAGCGUUUCUGUGUGACCUUCACAUCCACUUCCCCCCCUCCAUCAUCGACUCAGUCAGGAAACACUGUGUGGAGGGACACAUGGCCUUCGCCCCCAUCGUCAUGAGACUGGACUGUGGGGCUACGCCCAAGGAGCCCAGAGGUUACUGGGAGGUAAAUGGGUUUGGUCUGCUGGGGAUCUAUAAGUCUGACCUGGAUGCAGCAGGAGGCAUGAACACACACGACUUCACUGACCGCUGGGGCGGAGAGGACUGGGAGCUGCUGGACAGGAUUCUGCAGUCGGGUCUGGAGGUGGAGCGUAUCUACCUGAGGAACUUCCUGCAUCACUACCAUUCUAAACGUGGCAUGUGGAACCGGCGCACUCAACGCAGUGGCACGUAACCCACAACCACACAGCCAAAUUGUACAAUGAUGCAGCCAUAACCCACUACGACGCAGCUGUAACUCACGACGACACAUCCGUGGCCACAAGGAAAUCAAGGAAACUGGCGCACUUUAAUGUCCCCACUCCUCGCAUCAGCCAUUUACAGCUGUCAACUGGUUAACGAGAGGGCAGGACAGAGGAGAUUCCUGACAUACCAUUGGGUGAUAUCUCCUGUCAUUCAAACUGUUUGAGGGUGUGGUGAUUAUGAAAUACAGAACAUAGUACUAACUGUCCUGGAAGAAGACACUCCUGAACUAGAGCAGAGGUACUUAAAUCUUAACAUGGAGGUCCACAGUACUACUGGUUAGCCAGAGAGUCCACUCACCCAAGUCUGAAUCAGUACACACACACACACACACACACACACACACACACACACACACACACACACACACACACACACACACACACACACACACACACACACACACACACACAUCUUGUUAAAUAUCAGUGAUCAUACAGUAUUUGUAUGUAAUCAGGACCGUGCUUAUUUAUUGACAAUGACAGGAUGCACCAAUGUUACACUUUAUUCUACCAGUGUAAUACUUUAUUUCAGUUUAAAACAUGGUUUUAUUAAUAUAAUGAAUUAAGAUGGGGAAAAAGGGAUGACUUCUGAUGGAAGAGACUAUUAUUGAGGCAUGGGGGGGUUUACUGUACUGGAUGGGGAUAUUUCCCUUAAAGCAAUGUGCAUCACGAAGCCCUGAAUUCACCCGAGUGCUUGCUGUAUAGCUCUACUACCUCAGAGCUCUACUACUGACUCUUGGAUGUGACAUUGUGCCUAUUGAAUGUGUCCUUCAAAGCGCUGUCCAUUUCAUUUUUUAUGGAUUAUACUUAAGAGGAUCCCGCACCCAAAGGCUGUUGGAGAUAUUUUAAGCAAGUUAACAAUUUUUUAUGCAACACUGCACCUUCUCUACAGCUCCUCUAAAAUGAGAAAACUUUUGGAAUUGGGAAGUACAACCUGAACAUGUCAGUUAAAUGCAAAAUGUUGUUUUCUAUUUCACAAUAAGAUUAGGAGUAUCACAGGACCUUGUAUAUACAGUUGAAGUCGGAAGUUUACAUGCACUUAGGUUGGAGUCAUUAAAACUAGUUUUUCAACCACUCCACAAAUUUCUUGUUAACAAACUAUAGUUUUAGCAAGUCGGUUAGGACAUCUACUUUGUGCAUGACACAAGUAAUUUUGCCAACAAUUGUUAACAGACAGAUUAUUUCCCUUAUAAUUCACUGUAUCACAAUUCCAGUGGGUCAGAAGUUCACAUACACUAAGUUGACUGUGCCUUUAAACAGCUUGGAAAAUUCCAAAAAAGGAUGUCAUGGUUUAGAAGCUUCUGAUAAGCUAAUUGACAUCAUUUGAGUUAAUUGGAGGUGUUCCUGUGGAUGUAUUUCAAGGCCUACCUUCAAACUCAGUGCCUCUUUGCUUGACAUCAUGGGAAAAUCAAAAGAAAUCAGCCAAGACCUCAGAAAAGACCUGUCACGGUGCUGACUUUUGCCCAAUACCUGCAGCAAAAGCCUCUACCCCGUCCUCUGGCUGGACAGAGUACUUUGGGACUUGAGUUACUUCGGUGUAACAAGGGCCUAGCCGUGCGGCCCUACCAACCCUUCUAUUUAUUCGUAAUGGCCCUUCGCGUGAGUUGGGUUUGUUCCUUCGUUCACACUGUCACUGUCAUUAUCCGGUCUAGUAUGAGGCCUCGGAUAGAUAUACUCCUAUUUAAAUAUUCUUAAGCAUUAUGGAUUCCUCCUAUAUUUCCUUACUUUCAAGUUAUCUUUACCUAUGUAUAUAUCAAUACCUAAUAACAACUCCUAGUAGUUAUUAUGCUCGUCAGCUAGUAGUCACUUGGAAACUAGUAUUGGUAUAUGUUUUGACUCUUAAAAAAUAUAUUAUUGUCCACACAAUGAAAUAUUCUUUAGUGCAAUCACUUUAACCUAUAACCAGGGUCACUUUCUGUUCAGUGAGAGUGUAAUAAUAAUAAUAAUAUAUCCCAUUUAGCAGACGCUUUUGUCCAAAGCGACUUACAAGUCGGCUGGGGCCACUACUUUUACAUAUGGGUGGUCCCAGCGGGAAUCGAACCCACGACGCUUGGCGUUGCAAGCGCCAUGCUCUACCGACUGAGCCACACAGGACCCCAAAGGUGUUUGCUCUCCAGAUCGUUAAUCUGGCUUAGUUGUCAAAGUUUCAAGCUUUUAUUAAGUCACUCUGUUUUUUGUCUUAUACACAUCAUUACAAUUCAAUGGUUAUACAGUUUCUCAAUACAACAAUAAUGCUCAAUCAAUCCUUAAUGCUUUAAGCUAUGCCGGAUAAUAUUGCAAAACUUUAAAUGCGUUAACACUUCUAACAAUAUUGACUAAAUAGCAAAAAUAGUUCAAUUACCUUAAAUGCUCAGCUCCUUGGUCACUUUCCUGUAAUUGGUAUUCUCACAGCUAUGACGCCAGAUUCCGAAUUCCAAUAUCUUAAUACACUUACAACUCUGUGUAUAGACUCAAUAUAUUGUAACUGGUACUUUGCUGUUUCCUUGUAUUGCCAAUCACAUCUGUACCUGAUGUCUCACUGAGUGACUGCCACUUCGUCUGUAUUCAAGAGGCGUUUAGACCUCUGUGUUUCGUCAACUCAGUCUCGGGGUCACUAAAUUCAACCAAGUAUAUUCAGAUAGUGAUCCAAUAAGUACUUAGGCACAAUAAUCCAAUUCUCUAAUAUUGUUCUAGUCUAACAAAAAGCGUAUAGUGCAAUAGUAAAUUUACCUGUGAUGAUUCUCCAUAUGAAGUCUGUCUCAUAUGUUAACGAGGAUCAUACUGUCUUAUGAUCUCUGUUCUCUUCAUAUACCUUUUUACAGGGGAAGUUCCCACUGGGGCUGUAGACCUACGUAACCUUAGGCCUGUGUGUUAAACGGAAGCUUCCUAUUAUUACCAUUUAAGGUCUUGCACUACUGACUCUCACAUUGCUGCUUCCGUGUUACUGUUGGCUGAUUCUACUUAAUCAUACCAGCUGGUUGUUUCUACCACUGGAGGUGGCUUAGGUGGUUUGUCAAUUGUCAGCUGGGAGAAGUCUAUGAUAGGUAUCUCCUCUGCUUCCCCCUGUUGUCCAGUUUCUGCAGGUGCGGUCCAUGGUUCCAUGAGGUCCCGUGAAUGCCCUGUGUUGUUGUCCCCAUUGUUUGAUGGAGUGGGCAGAUUCUUUUCAUCUCUUGUCACAGACCUCCACCAUUAUGGUUCAUCCUUGGGAGAAAUUUCCAAACACCUGAAGGUACCACGUUCAUCUGUACAAACAAUAGUACGCAAGUAUAAACACCAUGGAACCACACAGCCGUCAUACCGCUCAGGAAGGAGACGUGUUCUGUCUCCUAGAGAUGAACGUACUUUGGUGCGAGAAGAGCAAAUUAAUCCCAGAACAACAGCAAAGGACCUUGUGAAGAUGCUGGAGGAAACAGGUACAAAAGUAUCUAUAUCCAUAGUAAAACAAGUCCUGUAUCAACAUAACCUGAAAGGCCACUCAGCAAGGAAGAAGUCACUGCUCCAAAACCGCCAUAAAAAAGCCAGACUACAGUUUGCAACUGCACAUGGGGACAAAGAUUGUACUUUUUGGAGAAAUGUCCACUGGUCUGAUGAAAUAAAAAUAGAACUGUUGGCCAUAAUGAUCAUCGUUAUGUUUGGAGGGAAAAGGAGGAUGCUUGCAAGCUGAAGAACACCAUCACAACCGUGAAGCACGGGGGUGGCAGCACCAUGUUGUGGGGGUGCUUUGCUGCAGGAUGAACUGGUGCACUUCACAAAAUAGAUGGCAUCAUGAGGUUGGAAAAUUAUGUGGAUAUAUUGAAGCAACAUCUCAAGACAUCAGUCAGGAAGUUAAAGCUUGGUCGCAAAUAGGUCUUCCAAAUGGACAAUGACCAAAAGCAUACUUCCAAAGUUGUAGCAAAAUGGCUUAAGGACAACAAAGUCAAGGUAUUGGAGUGGCCAUCACAAAGCCCUUACCUCAAUCCUAUAGAAAAUUUGUGUGCAGGACUACAAAGGCGUGUGCGAGCAAGACUCAGUUAUACCAGCUCUGUCAGGAGGAAUGGGCCAAAAUUCACCCAAUUUAUUGUGGGAAGCUCGUGGAAGGCUACCUGAAACGUUUGACCCAAGUUAAACAAUUGAAGGCAAUGCUACCAAAUACUAAUUGAGUGUAUGUAAACUUCUGAACCACUGGGAAUGUGAUUAAAGAAAUAAAAGCUGAAAUAAAUAAUUCUCUAUGGUGUUAAUGUCUGUCUGAUUGCAACAGGGCCUACACAACAGGGCCUACACACACUCGGCAACGUAACAAAGAACACACAGAGAGGGCGGGACUGAGACAGGUAAUGGCGGACUGAACGUUGUUAUGUCGAGCACCUCAAGACAAAAACGUAAUAUUCAAUAUCGGCAAGUUAGACUAAAUAUUAGCACUACACAAUCUGGUGGGUGAUAUCCUUCAAUCUGGAUAAUAACACAAAACACGUCUGAAGACGAGAGAUGUUUAUCGACAAAUAUUACGAAAACAAGCAACACCCAAACAUGAUGGAGAGUAAAACAGGGGAACCGAUUUCAAAACAAAAAUGUGACUCUUCUACAGACACAGAUGAUUUAAUAUUUUCACCACCGGUAAAGGUGGAAUGGUAAAGGUCGAAACGGAUCUGUUAAAAUCAAUAAAUGACAAACUGGGUAUACUUGAAUUAGUCAGUAAGGAUAUAAAAGAGUUGAAGGCAAGUCUCGAGAUGAGUGACGAAAUAUCUGCGACAUUGGAGAAGGAAACAAAUAAGCUACAAGGGACAGUCUAUACGAUUGAACCCGAAGUGAAUGAACUUAAAAAGGAGAACAUUGUUCUGACAGAAACCUUGCGAAACAUACAGACUAGAUCCAUGAGAGAAUCUGGUACUUACAGGUAUGCAAGACAAAGAAGGAGAAGUUCCUGAAUCUGUAGUUAGAGAGUUCCUCCUUACAGUGCUUCAGAUUCCACGCGGAGCUAUCGACAAAAUCCAACUGGAACAUGUACACCGCUUUGGACAGAGAGGGCAAAGGUAUGAACGCCCAAUCAUUGCCAAAUUUGCUUCCUUUAAGGAUAAAAUAAUGGUUAAAGACUUGCUGGGACCAAAAUUUGCAUGAAUGACCAGUUCCCAAAGGAAAUUGCAGAACGGAGUAAAGUUCUGUAUCCAAUUUUCAAGGAAAAUAGAUUAAAAGGGAAACAAGUUGCUCUCAUCGUCGAUAAACUAUAUAUUGAUAACCAGUUGUUCAGAAACACAAAGACUACUCCAUGGCUAUUUUAAAAAAUGACAAAGUUCUUAUAGACGAGGAAAAUAAUGAAACAAUUCUAGCCCGGUUAUGGAUUGUAACAAUACAAUAAAAAAAAUAGCAUUUCUAUACAUCUUCAAAUAUAAGUAAUUGGAACACACAAGCACUAAUUCAACAUGGUGAAGAUACACUCAGUAAACAGAAGACACAGUAUGUGUGGAUGGUGUGGCAUGUGUUUAUUUAUUAUUAUUUUUGUUAUGUUUGGGAAAGUGUGGUGUUGAGUGAGAAAGGAAAUGGUUGCAUAUCCCAGAGCCAAUUUAUUGCUGUGAGCAGGGGUGUGAGAGAGCUUUCAAUGUUGUUCAGAUGAUGGAUAUACUUUUAAUAAUGAAUUAUACGUCUUAUUUAUUGUCCUAUCAUGGUUGAACUGUUUUAAAAUAAAUGAUACAUUUAUUAUUGAUAAAGCCAGUAACUGAUGUGGUGUACUCCUCAAUGCCAUCG